CAGUAGAGCCUGGGACCAGAAGGCCAGGAGGCCAGACAGCUGCAGGGCUCCGGCCAGGUCAGACAAGGCUGGACAAGGAUGGUGACACCCAGGAGCUUCAGGGUCCUACAUUUCCUGCUCCUUCUGCUCUUGGCUUCAGGUGAAAAAUAUCCCGAGAAGCCGCGAAACGCCUGCCUGGGGGUGGUCAAUUCGGGCCAGUAUGACUCCUUCAGCCUGAACAGCACUGCCACGUGCUUCACAAUGUGUAGGCGGAAGGAUGACUCCUGCAAUCUGAAAAACUUGCAGAGAUACUGGCUAGAUUAUGAGACCCACCUGGUGGAGAACACUUCGAUAGAGAUUGUGAAUACAUCUUUUGUGAAGACUUUGGUCCAUAACUUCAGCACCGACACCUCAGAUGACCUGUAUUUUUCACUGACCCCCUCUCAGAUCCCAAGGCAGGUGAUGGAGAAUGAGAACAAGCCUCCUGAUAGAGUCCUGCUUCCCAGGAGUUUUUUUGAAUCCUUGCGGGGCAAGAGGUCUUCGGUCCGGUUGGCCGUAACCAUCCUGGAUGUUGGUCUGGGGAAUCUCUUCAAGGGCCCCCGGCUCAGCCUGGAGGAUGGCAGCAGCGUGUUGAACAAUCGCCUGGUGGGCUUGAGUGUGGGCAGUACGCCUGUCACCGGGUUGGCCAAGCCUUUGGAGAUAACCUUCUCCCACCAACAUUACCUCCCCAACAUGACCCUCAGCUGUGUAUUCUGGGAUGCGACUAAAGGGCCGACAGGAGACUGGGCAUUCAAGGGCUGCUCCACGGAGCACAGAGAUAGGAGUACCGUCUGCCGCUGUGAUCACCUGACCUUCUUUGCCCUGCUGCUGAGGCCAAUCCUGGACGAGGCCACCGUGCAGGUGCUCACACGCAUUUCCCAGGCGGGCUGUGGAGCCUCCAUGCUCUUCCUGGCUUUCACUAUUGCCCUCUACACUGUCCUGAGGUUCUUCCGGCAGAGGUUCAAGUCAGAAGAUACCCCCAAGAUCCAUGUGGCCCUGAGUGUCAGCCUGUUCCUCCUGAAUUUAUCUUUCCUCAUCACUGUGGUGAAUGGCUCGCAGGGCUCCAAUGCUGCCUGCUGGGCUAGGGGAGCCGUCUUCCACUACUUUCUGCUCUGUACCUUCACCUGGAUGGGCCUGGAAGCCUUCCACCUCUAUCUGCUUGUCAUCAAGGUCUUCAACACCUACUUCGGGCACUACUUCCUGAAGCUGAGCCUGGUGGGCUGGGGCCUCCCUGCCCUGGUGGUCAUUGGCACCGGGAGUACCAACAGCUAUGGCCGCUACACCAUCCAGAACGAGGAAAACCGUACCACGCUGGAGCUGUGCUGGUUUCGUGAGACGACUGCCCUCUAUGUCACCGUCCAUGGCUACUUUCUUAUCACUUUCCUCUUUAGUGCCAUGGUCCUUGGCCUGGUGGCCUGGAAGAUCUUCACUCUGUCAAGUAUCACAGCGGGCAAGGAACAGGGGCUGAACUGGAAGGGGGUUCUCACUGUGCUGGGCCUCUCUAGCCUGAUGGGCAUGACGUGGGGGCUGGCUAUCCUCACACCCCUGGGCCUGUUCACCAUUUAUAUCUUCGCAGUGCUCAACUCCCUGCAAGGCAUCUUCAUCUUUGGCUGGUUCGCUCUCCUCUACUUCCCUAGUCAGAGUGCCUCCUCGUCUGCAACUACCCAAGCCGACCAGACCCACUCGGUGUCUCAUGGAUAAAGAGGCUGCCAAGUGGCUAGACUGGGAGCUGAGCCCUGAGCUCUGGACUCAACUCUGACUUACUGGGUAACCUUGGGUCAGUCCCUGCUUCUCUCUGGGCCACAGUCUCCUUCUCUGCACACUGUGGCUGAGGAGGGGAGAUGGAGACCAGGUUGGACCACGUGGCCUCAAAGGUCCCAUCCAGAUGCAUCUGUGGUUCUGAGAGUUCAUGAAUCCAGGAAUGCAGAAGGUUAACGCGCUCAUAAUCCUGGGCCCCCUCCCAGCAUACAGUGACGCCUCCCCUCCCUUUCCCGCUCACCUUGGUAGCAAAGCAGCCAUUCUUUGCCCUUACCCACCCUCUGGUCUCAGGAACAGCCUAAGCUUAAAUAGGAGAGUCUCUUGUAGGCACAGACCCUUGAAGGAGCCCCAGCCUCUCCCCUUACCCCUGUCACUUCCCUCUCAGACUCCAACUUCUGGCUGCUUGUACCUGUGAGGGGAGGUUUCCAGGAGGUCAUUGUCCCCUCAGGCAUUGGAGGAGUUGUUGGCUGAACUUUUUAGGUGGGGGGUUGGUCCUCCUACCCAGCACAGCCCUGGUUUCUGCAGUCCCACCUGGGCCCAUCCUCCCUGAAGAGCCUCUACCAUUCAGGGGCUGCCAGCCUUCAAGAUGUCUGGGGACAUGGCUUCAGAGAACGUCACAGACUCAGUGGGUAUGACACCUCAAACAAGUCUGAGUCUCCACUCUGACUGCCAGGUGGGCAGCUGGACCUUGGAUCUGCAGUCUUUUGGGAGUGGCCAGACUGUCACAUGCAUACUGCACACCUGAGGGAUGAGCAUUUUUGCUCCUGUCUGUUCAGUGUGUGGGUCAGGGGGCUGAGGGUGGGGGAGCAGGCUUGGCAUUUCCACCAGAAUUGGAACUCCAGUGGAGCAGGAACCAUGACUGCCUCCUCACUGUUUCCGCCCAGCCUGAGCUCAGGGCCUGGUGCAGUUCAGGCCCAGAAUAAAUAUUUGUCGGUUGAACGAAUCCAUGUGCAGGUUUGGCUCCAACCUGACAGGGCCCUGAGCCAGGAAGUGUUUCUCAGGCCAGAUCAAUUUGGGUUUGUUGUUUUUCCUAGUGGCUGUCCCUCCAUGUCUCCAUUGCAUUUUGGUUUCUCUGGUAGGAAACAAAAAGAGAUAGAGAUCGUAGAGGUAGAGGUAGAGAGAGAUAGAGAGAGAGAGAGAAUUAGCAGACAGGCUAACACUGAGAGAGAACAGAGACAGAGAGAGGAGGCAGCCCCCUGGCCUGCCCCAGUCCGAGGGUGGCGAGCAUUGGUGUCAAUUCUCUCCUCAGGUCCAACCUCACAAGUUCCCGACCCCAUUAGCCUUAACUCUAGCCUUAACUUACUAAGUACCAUGGGAAAUCUCACCCUCCCACACAACCUCUAACUUUUCCAAUGUGCUUUGGACACUGCCAAGUGCCUUACACAGGUGAGAAGUUAUUAUUACUAGACCCUCCCUCACAGCCCCAAAGCUGUGUGAGCUACCAGCUGCCUCCCCCUCCCAGGUGCUGGUGCUGAUGUCUGACAGGAAUGGAGGUGGUGCUCCCAGAAGCCCUUGCUUCCCCCUCCUCCCACCCUGCAAACAGACAGGAAGGCUUUAUGCAAUUCACUGUGUUCCUGGAAGGGAAAUCCUGAGGUGUGCACACUGCAUCUGUUGAGCCUCAUUAUCAGUUUUUGUGGACAAACUUGCUAGGUUUCAGACUUAUCUUCAUAGACAUCUGUUUUUCAAGGGGAGGGCUAGGUGCCCUGACAUCAAAGUCUCAGAGUUAGCAACCUGUGCUCAAAAGGAACAGCUGUUCCAGGGUCAGACAGGCCUGAGUUCAAAUCUUGGUUCUGCUACUUAGGGUUUGUUACCCUGAGAAUGUCACCUCACCUCCCCGAGCCUCAGUUUUCCCCUCUGUAAAAUGGGGAUCAUAGAACGUCCUCAUCUUGUCCAGAGAGCAUUGAGACGACAACAGUAAAGUGCCUGACAGUAGGAGUAGGCUGACUCUCCAAGGCCUCCUUGGUUAAAGAAAAACCAAGCAGAACCUUCAUGAAAAGCAAAUCAUGACCCUCCGCAGCCUAGAUGUAAAAUAAGAGCGUGAGGUUAAAGGUCCCUUCCAGAUUUCCUCUAUAACUCUGCCAACAGACCAGCUCUGCACUGGGACAAGGAACUGGGGCCCCAGAGAGGCCCAGCAACCUGCCCAGAGCCACUCGGCAAGUUGGGCUGAAGCUAGGGCUAGGUGCCCUAGGGAGCCCUGAUGGUGCAAUGGUUAAGCACUCAGCUGCUAACCAAAAGGUGAGUGGUUCAAACUUACCAGCCACUCUACAGGAGAAAAGACCUGGCAGUUUGCUUCCGUAAAGAUUACAGCCUUGGAAACCCUAUAAGGUAGUUCCUCUCUGCCCUACAGGGUCACUAUGAGUCAGAAUCAACACGAUGGCACACAACAACAACAACAGGUGCUUCCUGAGCUGCUGACACCUCCUCCCAGGGCAUUCCCUGGAUUCAAGAAUUAUCGUCUUGUCCCUGACCUCCUAGUCUCAAGGGAAACCCUGGCCUGUGGCUUUCUCAGACAUGCUCACCAGUAUGUGGGGCUAACCAAAUCGCAGGCCGCAAUGGGCUCAUUUCCUGGUACAGAUGGGGAGAUGUAGCCAACUUUGGGGUGUGCUCCUGUUCUAGCUGGUUCUCCACCCUAGGUCCAGGCAGGGGCUGAGGGGCUAGGGUCCCUUAUCACCUGGGGUCUCUACAAACUGUGGCUCUGAGGGUCAAGCUGGACACUGUGCUGAGGCCAAGAGGAGUUGUGGCAAAAAUAUAUCCCAAGGCCUAGAGUAGAUGGACAGGGUUCCCAACCAUUGAAGGGUAACAAACGCAGCCCAGGAGGUGGGAUGGCACUGAGGUUGAGAGUGCAGACCCUGAGGUCUGCCUGCCUGGUCCAAAUUCUGCUUCUGCAACUUGCCUGGGGCAAAUUCCUCACCUUCCUCAGCCUGUGAAGUAGGAGUACCUGGAUGGUGCAAAUGGUUAACUAGCAGCUGCUAACCAAAAGAUUGGAAGUUCAAGUCCAACCAGAGGUGCCUCAAAAGAAAGGCCUGGCAGUCUAGUUCUGAAAAACCAGCCACUGAAAACCCUAUAGUCUGACACACACAGGAUCACCGUGAUUUAGAACCAACUUGAUGGCAAUAGUUUUUUGUUUUAAAGUAGGGAUAACAGUAGCUGCCCAAAGGGUUGAUGAAGGAUUAAAUUAGAGACCAGUGGGCAUGUGUGUGGCUAAGCCAGGCUUUGUUCUGAUCAUAACCUUAUAAGGUCUUAGGGUCCCGUGGUGCUCCAGGUGCCACAGGGAGUGUCCUCUUCACCUCGGCACCCUGCCUGUUCUCUCUGUUCUGCCCAAGUUUCUUCAUUUCUAGUAUUUUUUCAUUAUAAUAUAAAAUAUACAAGGAAAUAAGAUGUAUUUACUCUGUGCUCUCAGAUAGACAACUUAAUAUUAAAAUAU